GCUGAAGUUAUGUUGAGUCUCCUUGGUAGUCUCUUAGUUCAACAGUUCAACAAUAAGUCCCUCGACCAAUCUGUUCGGGUUACCAGUGUAGACUAUCUCGGCACAGUCGCGUCAACGCUUCGUCGAGAUGCUGUGACGAGUCAACUGAAAGAACACGACAUUGACGUUAUUCUUCGAGAACUCACUGAAGGUAGUCAAUCAGAUAGUGAGGACGAAGAAGAAUUGGGCGGGGAGCAAGAGGACGAAAGUCACAAAAUCGAAAAAGGGACUUCUUACUUAAAACCCGAAGAAGGGCAGCAGAAACCCUCCACGAAGAAAAAGGCAUCCACAAAUCUCUCCAGAAUCGACAAAAUUAUUGUCCUUAGAGAUGCUGUUUUGGAUUACCUUCUUGAGGAUGCGGCCGAUCCGGUUGUUUACUAUGCAUGUAAAUUCUACAUGGGUAUGUGGUUGGAGGAUUGUACUGCUGAAGUCGCUCGGGCGCAAAAGGCUGCGGCUGCUGAAAACCAUCUUCCUGAACCACCACAACCAAAGCCCAUACCUAGUCGAAGAACCAAACGCGGUACUUCUACUAAGCCAGAGGACGAAGGUGAGGGUGAGGAGAAAGAGCAAGCUCUUUCUGAAAUUGAAUUGGCUGAACUCCGUCGAACCUAUCUGAUGGAUCGUCUGCGAGAUCCCACCUCCAUCUGGAGAGCGAGAUGUCGUCCAAAGGUAGCUGGAAUGAUGCUACUAGCACCAGCUGCUCCAUCUACGAAGCAAUCUCAGGCCAUGCGAGUCAUGUUCAAGGGUUCAAUUGACUAUGAGGAUGCUUAUCUCAUCUGCCGCUACUUGGCCAGUCUUAGACCGUUCUCUCAGAGUUUCGAUGUUUACCUAUCCCAAAUAUGCAAGGUGCGUUCUCAACUCAGCUAUCAUUUGUUUUAA